AUGAAUUUUGACGGAAGCAAUCCCCAUGUCACACAAUUGCUGAAUAUUCCUCCUCAACACCAACAAAAUGGCGUCACCAAUAAUCCCUUUACUACGGGUAGCAUAGCAAUAGUAGAAUCUGAACCGUCGGUCCAACAACACCAACAAACACAAACACUUGUUCCUCCGGUUAGUAUGCAGCUUGCGGUCGGCUCAAUUUUUCAAAAUUGGGAAAACGUUGAUGAAUUUCUUGAUCAGUAUGGGCGGGAACAAGGAUUUGUUGUGAGGAAGAAACGGGUUGAACGUGACGAACUGGGAAUCGUGCGAAAACGAACGUAUGAUUGUGAGCAUGGAGGAAGAUAUACACCGAAAAAGAAAGCGGCGCUUCAUGAACAACGUAAUCGAACAUCGAAACGUAUUCAAUGCAAUUGGCAUAUUAAUCUUUCUUUUCCUAAAACUAGUGCACAUAUAACGGUUACUACGUUUGUUAAUGAACACAAUCAUGAGCUCCACUAUCUUCAUCGUUCUCUCAAUGAUAUUCGUAAUAGCGGCAAUUCCAUUACGACUUCAUCUUCAUCCACCAAUAAUAACACAUCCAAUAUACCUCAUGAUACGAAAUAUCAAAUGGUAACAACAGCGACUUCCACAAUAAAUAACGCAUCAACGAUUACAAAUAACAUAAAUAAUAUCAUCAAUAACAAUAAUAACAAUAACAACAACAAUAGCAACACUAAUAACCUUAAUUACAAUCAUAUACCUCAUAACACGUCACCAAGAUCUCGAAGUGUAGUGGAAGCGGCGUCCACAACAUCAACCACAAAAAACAGAACUCUCCCAAAAGCGGUACUCGAAGAUAUAGAAUUCUAUACACGACAUGGUAAUCUUGGUGUCACUACGCAACGUCAACUACUGAAAGCAAAAUAUCCAAAUCAUCAAUUGCCUGCACGUGAUGUCGCCAAUGCAGUUCAAAGGAUUAAAGGAGGUACCGAGAAAAGUGCUGAUAACGACGCGGCAAAAUUAUGGAUCUGGGAGUUGGCAAGAAAAGCCACGCAAAUCGCAUUGGAUCAGCAGGAUAACAAACUGGAAGAUUUGUUGCGACAGUAUAUCAGAGAAAAAGAGGAUCGUGUUCGAUCAGAAAUUAUUCAGCAAUAA